GCUGGGAGUACUUAGCAUACCGAUUUCUUCCACCGGCCAUGUUUUCUUCAGGUUACUCAAAACGAAAGUACACAUGAAUUCAAAGGAAAUACCCUUCUGCUUUAAUUCAUUUGGUAUAAUCGAUCAUUAAGGCAAAACAAUGGCUACCACUCAAGGACAGGACGUCGUCCUCUGUCAACUGUGUUCCAGUCCUGUAGAACACCAUUGCAACCUUUGUCUUGUUGACCUUUGCUCUCCCUGCACUCUAAAGCACCUGGCGGACAAAACAAGCAGACAUGAAAUUGUGGAGUUCAUCAACAGAAAAAAAGGACCCAUUUUGGCUGAGUGCAGCUUUCACCAGACAAAACGAUGUGAAAUGUACUGCAGAGAUUGCAAACAACCAACGUGUGUAUUAUGCGUAACAACUACUCACAAAAAGCACGAAAUGGACAAUAUUUUAGAAAUCCUCCAGAAUGCUAAACAGCAAGUCACAUUUGAUUUAAAGGAACUUGAAAACGCCAUUGCUCCAAAGUACAAAUAUAUUACUGCAUUUGUAACAUCCUCAGUGUUUGAUGAAACUCUCUCUGCUAUUCAAGACCAGGAAGACGAACUAUGCAGAUCUGUCCGUGAUAUUGGUAGUAAAAUGCGAGACAAAGUUUCGAAACUUAAAGGAGAAUCUGAAACUAUGAACAAAGAAAAACAAUCUCUGGCAGCAAAAUCUGAAAUGGAAUUGAAUGGAAUAAUUCAGAACAGCAAAAGUGUUUUAGAAUCUGCUGAUACCAAAGGCAUUAUUAGUUACGAGUCACAAAAUAUGAAGUUUAGGUAUGGUCUCAAAGAAAUGGGACUGUCUUUUCCAAAAUUUCAACCUGGUUUGAUUAAUGAAGACCAGCUUCAAAAUGUUUUUGGAAAAUUUGAAUUGCAAAGAAUCUAUGCAUCAAAUACUGCACCAAAUCCACAAAAAAUGAUGAAAACUCCUGUUAUUUUGAACACCAUUCAAAGUCCAUUAGAGGACAGUUCAAGUCUUUGGAAAGUUUCAUGUGAGGGGGCUGAAAAUGUAUGGACCAGUGGGAAUGACAGCCAACUUUAUCAAAUAAACAGGAGUGGAGCUGUUCUGAAAAAUAUAAAAGCUGCGAAUAAUGUCCUUGAAUUAACAAUUGACUCAGAUCAAAACAUAGUGUUUAUAGUUUCAUGGCCUGACACAAAAGUCUACAAGUAUGAAAGUAAUACAAACACAGUUAAAACUCUGUUGGAGCUAUCUGACUGGUGUCCGAGAGGACUCUGUUAUACGAUGAAUGGCGACCUUUUAGUGAGCAUGCGCUCUUUGGAUGAAAAACAAAGUAAAAUUGUGAGCUAUUACAUGACCAGAGAAACUCAAAAUGACAUAUUAGGAGGCUCCCUUUUUUCUGUGGAUAGUAGGAAAUUAUUAAGGCUAAGUGAGAAUGGUAAUGGAGAUAUAUGUGUAGCUGACGUCACUGGCAAGGCUGUCCUCGUGGUAUAUGCUUUUGGAGAAUUGCGAUUUAAGUACACAGGCAACAGGGCGACCUACAAGAAAAGAACCUCUUUUGAACCUGAUGACAUAGUUAAUGAUGGAAAUUUUAACAUACUUAUUGGCGACUAUUCAAACAAGAUUGUCCACAUCAUAGACUGUGACGGUACCUUUAUCCAUUAUAUCGAACAUUCAUGUACUGGAGGCAUCAGUAUUGAUACUGACCACAAUCUGGUUGCUGGAGAAUUGUCUACCGGGAAAAUUCGCAUCAUUAAAUAUUUCGAGUAAACCCUUCAAUGUAGAUUCACAAACUUAGUAUUUGGAUACUAGUAUUUGAUCUUUCAUAGAGCAUCAAAUAUUUAUCAUUUGUGACGUGAUUAAAUUGCAGAGCGGCAUACAUUUUUUUCUUGGACAAAAUUGUUAUUGAUUUUUAUUUUUUUUUUCCAGGUUUAUCAUUUUAUAUUUACAUCUACCAAGUAUGAUUCCCUUCAUUUCUUACGGAAACUUAUAGUUAACUCAAAGCUUUAUAGAAACAGACAGAAUGAAAUCUAUUGACCCCUUUUAUCGAUUUGUCGAAACAUACGGGACUGAAACUGACAGUAUAUCUAUAGUCUGUCCCAAGAUAUCUUGGAUUCGCAUUUUGCUUAAUUGCUUGAUAUUUAUAAAUACCUCAGGGUUCAAACGAUGUUCAUUCAAAAGUAUAAAAGAUUUCUCAGUCGAAACGCCACUGUCACCCCUGCGAAUGUUAUUGUCAUUCAAAUUUUAGACCACGUGGUUUUAUUUGACCAUUUCAGUUUCGCAGUAAAAAUCGUACCUCGUGUAUAAAGUCUAUUUCACAGUUCAUGUAUCUAGGUUCUUAAUAUAGUAGUCAAAUAUAAAAUCUAGAGGUUUAUUGAUUUUAAACUUUAUCUUCAUUAAUUGGUGAAUAAAAUGUGUUCUAGAAAGAAAUGUGACCAUACAAAAAUUAGUUUUUGUCUGCUGUUGCAACAACUAACAUGCUUAAAAGAGAUCCCUCCUGAGGAUUAAUUUUCGAUCCGCGCCGGACCUAGUAAUAACAUCAAUAGUGAAACAGACUAUACCAUUUUAUGCAGAAUGUACCUUGAAAAUGGCUCGAUAUACUAAGUUUUAAUGCAAAACAGACACCCAUUAUUUUUUUUUAAAACAUGGUAUUGCACACCACAAGCAUCAAACAUGGCUAUGAAUUUAUUAAGCAACCCAAUGGUUAUAUUUUCAACCACUCUACACGUGUUUGCACACGAACGAUAACUCUGUUCCGAAUAUUAUCGUUUAAUAUAAAUAACUGCUAGAUGGUAAAAUAAGACAUACAUCUUGAAAGCUUUUCCCGUUUUAACAUAAAUCACAGUAGGAUAUGAUAUGAAAAACGACCAGUACUUACGUAUUUUGAGAAUAUUAUCCGAUCACUUAUACUUCCGCUCGAAAUUUCACAGGAAGUGAACAAAUAUUGGUGAAGUCUCGUGAACUUUCAUUCGAGCACCUCUGGAUUUAUUACUUACUUAGCAACGAUAAAGAAAACAUUCCGAACACAUUCGCAGGGGUGACUGUUAGCUUAUCAGGUUUCAAGUCAAUGCUUAAAAAUGUGAUGUCUACGGAGAUUUUGUAUUGCAGCAAGCCCGGAUGAUAACGUUGAAAAAUUGCGCGAUGUAUUCCGAGUGUAUACCGAAUGGAGAUAAUAUGUAAACAUUCCCCAUUAUAAAUCUCCGUAAGGAAUCUGUUUUCGUUCCUGUGAAUUUUUCUGAGUGACAGUUGAAAAUGUGUCAAUGAAAUUAUCUUGAAAUUAUCCCUUUCAACUAUUUCAAAUGUAAAUUCCUUCACAGGUAUGUGUAUUUUUUUUAAAAAUCGUCCAAAUGUGCUGCAUAAAUAUCUUGGGACAGACUAUACACGCCCUAUUUAUCGGUUGGUCGAAACCUACAGCAACCUAGGAAAAUUUACGGACUGCACGAAAUAAUCAUGAUGAUGUCAUACUCAAAUUCCUAUUGGAGACAAUUUGGCUGUUUUAUUUUAGCUAACGCAAUGAUUUACAUUUACAACUGCAAUUUAG